AUGGCACCUGCCGGCUGCUGCUGUUGCUGCUACUGCUGCUGGGGCGGCGCUGUGGCCGCCGCGGACGCCGCCCGGCGCGUCCUGGUGCUGCUGUUGCUGGGGGUCCUGUCCGUCGGGCCGCGCCCGGGUGCGCUGGCCACUGAGCACUACUCGCCGCUGUCCCUGCUCAAGCAGGAGCUGCAGCAUCGGCAGCAACAGGAGGCCCAGGCAGGCGGCGGCUGCAGCCCGCAGUCCGGGGACUGGGGAGACCAGUACUCGGUCGAGUGCGGCGAGUCAUCCUUUCUGAACUUCCACGACUCAGACUGUGAACCCAAAGGGCCGCCACCCUGUGACUCACUGCUUUCCCUCAACACUGAAAAGAUCCUGAGCCAGGCCAAGUCUAUUGCAGAACAAAAGAGAUUCCCUUUUGCCACGGAUAAUGACAGCACAAACGAAGAGCUAGCUAUUGCUUAUGUGUUGAUUGGCAGUGGUCUCUAUGAUGAAGCCAUAAGACAUUUUUCAACAAUGCUUCAGGAGGAGCCUGAUCUGGUUAGUGCAAUUUAUGGCCGAGGGAUAGCCUAUGGAAAGAAGGGAUUACAUGACAUUAAGAAUGCUGAACUUGCUCUGUUCGAAUUGAGCCGAGUAAUUACCUUGGAACCAGAUCGUCCAGAGGUAUUUGAACAGCGAGCAGAAAUUCUGUCCCCUCUGGGACGAAUUAAUGAAGCAGUGAAUGAUCUCACCAAAGCUAUUCAGCUGCAGCCCUCAGCACGGCUGUACAGACACCGGGGGACCCUGUACUUCAUAUCAGAGGACUAUGCGACCGCCCACGAAGAUUUUCAGCAGUCCCUAGAGCUGAACAAAAACCAGCCUAUAGCUAUGCUAUACAAAGGUCUAACUUUCUUUCACAGAGGACUUUUGAAGGAAGCUAUUGAGUCCUUCAAAGAAGCCUUGAAGCAGAAAGUUGAUUUUAUUGAUGCGUACAAAAGUCUGGGACAGGCCUAUAGAGAACUGGGCAAUUUUGAAGCCGCCACCGAGAGCUUUCAGAAGGCGCUGUUGCUCAACCAAAAUCACGUACAGACCCUGCAGCUGCGGGGAAUGAUGCUCUAUCACCACGGUAGCCUGCAGGAGGCCCUUAAGAACUUCAAGCGGUGUCUGCAGCUAGAACCCUAUAAUGAGGUGUGCCAGUAUAUGAAAGGACUCAGCCAUGUUGCGAUGGGACAGUUUUACGAAGGAAUAAAAGCACAAACUAAAGUUAUGCUAAAUGAUCCUCUUCCAGGCCAGAAGGCUAGCCCAGAGUAUCUGAAAGUGAAAUAUCUCCGAGAGUAUUCUCGGUAUCUUCACGCACACCUCGAUACUCCCCUUACGGAAUAUAACAUUGAUGUGGAUCUGCCUGGAAGCUUUAAAGACCACUGGGCUAAAAAUCUGCCUUUCCUCAUAGAAGAUUAUGAAGAGCAGCCAGGGUUACAGCCCCACAUAAAAGACGUGUUACAUCAGAACUUUGAGAGUUAUAAGCCAGAGGUACAAGAGCUGAUCUGUGUAGCUGAUCGUUUGGGAUCCCUGAUGCAGUAUGAAACUCCUGGCUUCCUGCCAAACAAGAGAAUACACAGAGCCAUGGGCUUGGCAGCGUUGGAAGUCAUGCAAGCUGUACAGCGUACGUGGACCAACUCGAAAGUUCGAAUGAAUGGGAAAACACGGCUGAUGCAGUGGAGAGACAUGUUUGACAUUGCAGUAAAGUGGAGACGGAUUGCUGACCCAGACCAGCCGGUGCUGUGGUUAGAUCAGAUGCCAGCACGAAGUCUUAGCAGAGGUUUUAACAACCACAUCAAUUUAAUCAGGGGCCAGGUGAUCAACAUGAGAUACCUGGAAUAUUUUGAGAAAAUUCUUCAUUUUAUUAAAGAUAGGAUUCUUGUUUAUCACGGAGCUAAUAAUCCUAAAGGAUUGUUGGAAGUCAGAGAGGCUCUGGAAAAGGUGCACAAAGUAGAAGAUCUCCUGCCAAUUAUGAAGCAGUUUAAUACUAAAACGAAGGAUGGGUUCACUGUGAACACGAAAGUUCCCAGCCUCAAAGAUCAAGGGAAGGAAUACGAUGGAUUCACAAUCACGAUUACGGGAGACAAGGUUGGCAACAUACUGUUUUCUGUGGAAACACAAACCACAGAAGAAAGAACACAAUUAUAUCAUGCCGAAAUAGAUGCACUUUAUAAAGAUCUAACAGCAAAAGGAAAAGUACUGAUCCUUUCAUCAGAAUUUGGGGAAGCUGAUGCUGUUUGCAACUUAAUCUUAUCCUUGGUUUAUUACUUUUAUAAUUUAAUGCCACUCUCUCGAGGAUCCAGUGUGAUAGCUUACUCCGUGAUCGUGGGAGCGUUGAUGGCAAGUGGAAAGGAAGUAACAGGAAAAAUUCCCAAAGGGAAGUUAGUCGACUUUGAAGCUAUGACAGCCCCGGGUUCAGAAGCCUUUAGCAAAAUAGCCAAAAGCUGGAUGAACCUGAAAAGUAUUUCACCUUCUUAUAAGAGUCUCCCGUCCGUGUCAGAGGCGUUCCCAACGUUAAGAUCAAUGAUCGAGGUGCUAAACACUGACUCCUCUCCACGCUGUCUUAAGAAACUCUAG